CUGGGUCAUCAGGCAUUGGAUCGUGUGGCUGACAGCGGGCAUCGGGUCACCAGGCAUGACAGCGGGCAACGGGUCAUCAGGUACCAAAUCGUCUGGAUCGACAGCGGGCAUCGAGUCAACUGGCCUAAUAGGAUCAUCAGGCUGGAUCAGUUCAUCAGGCUGGGUAGAAACAUCAUGCUGGGUAGAGGCAUCGGGCUGAAUGGAGGCAUCGGGCUGAAUGGAGGCAUCGGGCUGAAUGGAGGCAUCAGGCUGGGUAGAGGCAUCGGGCUGAAUGGAGGCAUCAGGCUGAAUGGCGGCAUUGGGCUGAAUGGAGGCAUCGGGCUGAAUGGAGGCAUCGGGCUGAAUGGAGGCAUCAGGCUGGAGGCAUCAGGCUGGUAUGGAGGCAUCAGGCUGAAUGGAGGCAUCAGGCUGGGUGGAGGCAUCAGGCUGGGUGGAGGCAUCAGGCUGGGUAGAGGCAUCAGGCUGAAUUGUGGGUGCCGAGGCACCAGGCUGCACCACGGAAGGCAGGUUCUCAGAUGGGAGGCUGACCGG